AUGGGGAAGAGCUCGAAGGCUGAGAUAAGAGGCGAGGACCAGAUACUCCAAGGAUUUACGGAUUGCCUGUACCACGGUAUGCUAGAUGCGAACAUCUGUGUUUUCUUCGACAAGGAAGAACUCCACAUCGGUAAAGAAAUAGGUAAUGAGCUAUCGACAGCCAUCGAAAAGUCAAAAAUCUACAUACCCAUCUUCUCUAAAGGUUAUGCUUCGAGUGCAUGGUGCCUUCAUGAGCUUGCACACAUGGUGGAAUGCAAGAAAUCCAAACCAUCCGAGAAGGAGAUUCUGCCGAUUUUCUAUGACAUGGAGCCUCGCGAUGUCAAGCUUAAGUCUGAACUGUACGUUAGCGCUUUGAUGAAGCAUGAAGAUAUGUUCGGUCGCCAGAGAAGGUUAAAAUGGGAGGAUGCCCUCAGAAGCGUUGCCCAAAUCAAAGGAUGGGAACUGAAAAACCAAGGGUACUGGAAAUUCAUUAAAUCGGUAAUACAAGAGAUUGUGAUGAAGCUAAAGACAAAAGACAAAUACGUUGCUGAGCAUAUAGUCAGAAUGGAUGAACAAGUGGAAGCUGUCGUGGAGUUGUUGGACGUGGACUCCAAGGUCAUGCGCUUUGUUCUAAUUCAUGGAAUGGGAGGAAUUGGCUUUCGUGACGUAAUUAAUGAUGUUGAUGAUGGGAUCAAAAUGAUUGCGCAGCAACUUUCUAACAAGAAAGUUUUCAUCGUUUUGGAUGAUGUGGGUAAUGAGGAACAACUCGAGAAACUAGCCAUCAAGCACAUUUCUUUCGGCUUGGGAAGCAAAAUUAUUAUUACAACUAGGAACAAAAGCAUCUUAAAAGCUUACCAAACAUUGGAGUACGAAGUGAAGCCAUUGGAUUCUGUUCAAUCACUCGAGCUUUUUAGUAGGCGUGCUUUUAAAAGAAACUUUCCUCCAGAUGAUUAUGUUAGUCUUUCGAGACAAGUAGUUUCUACGACUGGAGGACUUCCCUUGGCUCUUGAAGUUAUAGGCUCAUUACUUCAUCGCCAAAACAAAGCCUUAUGGAUAGAUGUAUUGAACCAUCAGAAAGAAAUACCUUACGAGAAGGUCCAAGACAAGCUGAAGAUCAGCUACAAUGUGUUGAGUCAUGAGCAAAAACAGAUCUUUCUUGAUAUCGCUUGUAUGUUUGUGGACAAAGACAAGACAAAUGCAUCCUACAUGUGGAAGGAUUGUAGGUUUUUCCCAGUAUUCGAUUCAAGUCCUUGUCUGCAUGUCCCUGAUCAAGAUAACUGA